AUGGGGGCUCGUUUCCUGAGCGAUGCUGAGGUGAUGCAGCUGGUCAACUCCAAACACAUCCCUGCAUACAAACUGGAGGCCAUGAUGGAGAAACCGGAGAGAGGAGUGGCCAUACGCAGACAGAUGUUAUCCUCCAAACUGCCCUCUCCCUCUGCACUGUCCUCCCUGCCAUACACCCACUACGACUACUCCAAGGUGAUAGGCACAUGCUGCGAGAACGUGAUUGGCUACAUGCCCGUACCUGUGGGCGUGGCUGGACCCCUGCAUCUGGAUGGGAAGCAGUUCCAGGUUCCAAUGGCAACCACAGAGGGUUGCUUGGUUGCCAGCACUAACCGUGGUUGUCGAGCAAUCGCUGUAAGUGUCCAAUUGAUUGUAACAGGGCUGACAAAAUACAUUUACAUUUAA